AAUAUUUUAAAAAUAUAUAAUCAAAAGUGCAGUCAAAUAAAAAUAACAUUGUCGUGAAAUAUAUAUAGGUUCUGUGCUCUAGUAUAUUAUUUAUUACAUUCUUUUUGCAUGAACGUGCCUGCAUAUUGAUCCAGAUUUUUAACGUAAGGUAAGUUUUGUUAAACAUAGAGUGCUAAAAGAAGGGGCUGUUUCAUCGAGGAGCUUAGAGUUGUUCUGCGGCCUGCCAGCAGAAAAAACUUAUUUUUGUGACUGAAAUAUGUCGGACGCUAUAGCUGCACCACUAAUACCCCAACUGCAAGAGAUGCAGCAACAGCAGCAACAUAAUGGCGUCAAUACUAAUGCUUCGAACCCUCAGCAAUGGUAUUCCAAUCCAUGGUAUGCUAAUCAACAAUAUCAGCAACAAUAUAGUCAAUAUUAUCAAUACUACAUGCGAUAUGGAUUACAACAACAACAACAGCAGUCUCAACAAAGCAAUAAUGCACCUCCUGGAUUUAGUAAUUCUGUAAUUCAACCUACUGAUAAAAGUUUGCCACCACUACCUUCUGGUCCUCCUCCUCCCCCGCCAAUGACCCCUGGUAACAAUCAGUUGCAAGGUAAUCAAAAGGGGUUUGGUGGAAUUCGAUUUAAUUUGAAUCAACAGAAGCGUUUAGCGAAUGCUCCCAAUCCGUUACAAAAUUCAAAUUCCCCGAUGAAUACUUUCCAAAAUAAUACGGCUAAUAAUGGUUUGAAUGCUACAGUCAUGAACAACGUAAUUGGCAGCGGUAAAAAAAAACGUAAACGUAAUAAGAAACAUAACGCGCUACAACAACAGCAGCAGGCUGCUUUCGAUGCUCAUUUUGAAAACCUGAAUACGAGCGCACAAAUGAACGGAAACUUCGUUAACACAUCUUUACCACCACCUACAAUUCCUCCUCCUAUAACUCCGGAUUUAACGAAACCGCCUCCUCCAAUUUUGCCGUAUAAUAAUUUCAAUGUCACUAGUGCUGUUGAGGUUAAUAAACAGGGCGAACAAAAAUCACUUAAUAACCAUGUCAGUUCUGUUGAGGCACCGAAGAAGAAAAUAAAUCUAUUUAAUAAUCCCAAUGAUGCUUGGCCAGAGUCUUUAAACAGUUAUGUAGCUCGUUGCUAUGCUAAAUGCGCUACCGAUUUGGAUAAGGACCAAGUUGAUAUAUGUUUGAAAGGAAAAAUUAUGGCAGCUGCUAAUCGUAAUGAGCUUUGGACUCGCGAUUGGGACAAUGAGCCAGUACCGAGUGUUCACAGUGAAAGAAAUAAUGUACAAAUGCAACUGUACAAUCAGAGAAAUAAGCAACAACAGUCACAGGAACAAAUACAAGACACCCAAAAUUAUAAACAGCAACAAAAUCAAAUUAUCCAGAAACAAUCAACACAACAAAAGAAUUUAAAAGGUAUAUCACGUAGUUUAAACGCUCGAUUAGGUCAACGGAACUCAUUUGUUGGCGCACAGAGGAUAUCAAGAGAUUCUAGGAGUCGCUCACGCUCUCCACAAUCAAAUAAAUAUCGCAAGCGAAGUACUCGUUCACGUUCAAGUAGUCCCGUAUCAAGUCCGCGCCGGAAAAUCUGUCGCAGUUCUAGUUCGGAAUCCUCUGAUAGACGGUCUUCCGAUAAUUUCAUUCCUUUUAAUCCUUCUAGUAAAAAGACACAAAAAGUUAAUAGCUCCAAAAGAAGCAAACAUGUUAAAAGCGCAAAUUCUUUAUCUAAAGUACCCUUUUAUUCGUCUUCUAUCGGUGGGGCGGUUGACGAUGACACUAUUCGUUUGCAACAGCGCGCAGCACGGUUCUCUCAAGGAUCAUUGUCAAAAAAAUCGGUUGUCUUAUUAGGAAAUUCUCCUUUCGGCGCUACGAAACAACAAAAGCAAAAAAAAUGCGUUAAUAGUUUGGGCGGGCGUAUGUAUACGGAUAUUGAAUCGGCGGGAGGUUUUGAGACUGGUUUAGAUUUAUUCGAUUUACAUAUAGUAGGUACAUGUAGGGACUUGGAAAAGUCAUUUCUUCGAUUAACAAAGGCGCCAUUACCGUCGGAAGUGCGGCCCAUUGAGGUGUUAAUGCAUUCGCUGCAAAACGUAAAACAAAAAUGGAGGGACAAUCAGGAUUAUUAUUAUGUAUGCGAUCAGCUUAAAUCUAUACGUCAAGAUCUGACAGUUCAAGGUAUUCGAGAUAAGUUCACAGUAGAGGUAUAUGAAACACAUGCACGUAUUGCAAUGGAAAAAGGUGAUCAUGAAGAGUUCAAUCAAUGUCAAACACAAUUAAAAAUGCUUUAUACGGAAGUAGGAGUUAGUGUGAAUUCAUUGGAAUUUACAGCAUAUCGCAUAUUGUACUAUAUAUUUACAAAAAAUACCUUGGACACAACUACUGUUCUACGCUCAAUAAAACAAUCCCAGCGUGAUAAUCCAGCUAUUGCUCAUGCCCUCGCCUUUCGGUCGGCUUGGGCACAGGGUAACUACUGCAAGUUGUUCCAACUUUACAAGGCCGCGCCUCUGAUGGCGGGACAUUUAAUUGAUUGGUUUAUUGAUAGAGAGCGCAAAGGUGCAUUACGCACAAUUAUAAAAGCUUACCGACCCUCUAUUGGCAUUGACUAUAUUUCGAAUUUACUAGCUUUUGGAAGUAAAGAAAAAUGUAAAGAGUGGCUAGAAACAUUCGGCAUGCCAGUGAUUGGUGCUGAAUGUGAUCGUAUUGAUUGCAAAGAAGCAGCAACAUUAAACAUCUAAUUAAAUAACUGUGAUGGUUAAUAAGGAAAUUAUACAAUAGAGUGAAAGCUUGAGCGUUGGUGGAUAUUACAGCAUUAUAUAGUGUAACUGCGAAAAAACGGUCUUUACGAUGAAACCAACCAUUUAUAGCUCAAACACCAAAAGAAAAAUUUUAUCAGCGAGCGAAACACCUCAUUGGGUUCACUUCAUGAGAUAUAGUAGCAUUUUAUACGCCAGGUGCUUUAUUGCAUACACGAUACAAACUUUUUUAAAUGUUUCAAAUUUACAUUGGUUAACGAGUAGUGGUAAUUAUUGUGGGGAUUACAAAUUAUUUAGAACUUGUAAGUGUAUUUCAAUAUAAAAAUUUACGUGCGGGUUUUCAACAUGCAUCAAAUUAAGUGAACAAAGCAAAAAAAAAAAAACUGGAAAUAACUUUAAAUACUUUUUCAGUGUGUUGGAAACGGUAAGCAAUUUUCGAUUGCUAACAAAGUUUUAAAAAACCAAUAACCACGUUUACAAGGUCCACGUAUCCACGGAAUGGGUAAAGUCAAUAAUAUACGAGGAAAAGUAAGGGAUUAAAUUUCCUCGUUCUCAAAAGUCUAAUCAAUUCCCGUUAGCGCCGUAACGCCGAAAACACAUUUGUGGACUAAUUUAUUAAUUUAAAUGGAAAAUUUAACAAUUCAAAACUGCGCUGAUUGGAUAAUCAUCCUAUAAAGUCGGAAGUAUAUAGUCAGCAACUUUUAGUUUCCGGCUAUGAUAUAUUAUAUACAUUUACCGAUAGUACUGUGGAUUCACGAUCUGUCGCAAUGAAAUUGUUAUUUACUUUAAAUUGAAAUAAUGUUUUUUAGUUAUGCCAUUGAAACGAGGCUUAAUAGUUAGGAUGUUAAGUUCUCGAUUCUGUACAUCAUUAGGUUUAUAAUUUUUUUUAUGCCUUGAUACAUGAUAUGAUUAUGCUAAUGAGAACAAGUCGUUUUGCUCCCUCAGCAAAUUUAUAAUACAAAACAAUUAUUCAAAAUUGGGUGCAAAUUUAAGGUUUCCCCAAAAUCUAUUAUGUAUAUAUCCAGAAGAUUAUUGUAAAUUUUACCAUAUUUUGUACGUUAAUUUUCCUAAUGUUUUCUGUCUCUUCUACAAUUAUCGGUGAUUUUAUGAACUUAUUUUAUUGCAAAAUUAAGUGCUUUCUAAGAUGAUGGAAUGUUGAAGCCACAGUUGGUUAAAGCUUGUGAUAUCUUCAACAUUAAAAAUUGGAUACUACAAAAGUUAAAACGCAAACUAUACAGUUGUCUACUCUUACGAUCUACAUAAUUAUAACACGGAAAUGUUUCUACACCCAAGAAUACACUCUACUUCGUCGCAUCAGACGCCACCAAAAUAUUCAAUGCAAAACAAGAAUGGAAAUUCGUCUGAACAGCACGGCCAUCAUGUUAUCUUCAAUAA